CUGGCAUCCUCCUCAUCAUCAACGUUUCUCCCCCACGACACAACCUGAUGCAACUAGCUUUUCGGCUUUAAAGAACCCGCCCCAAAGUUAUUACCAUCACCGCUGCGAUUGGUCAAACGUAGGCUACGUGUUGCCCCAAACAUGCAAGCCUUCUCGCUUGUCAGUUACAUGUAUCUCCACAGGUACAGUAUGGCUACAGCGCGAGAUAGCCGGGCCACGUCAAAAGUGCUGUAAUUCCAGGUGUAAAACGGUUGCUGGUUCGGUCAGUCGGUCAGCUUAUAAGGGCUCUUCAGUUUAUUCGUAGAAUGAGUGUGGGUUUCAUAGGAGCAGGCCAGGUGGCCCACGCUCUGGCAAGAGGCUUCAUAGCUGCAGGCGUGAUUGCCACCCACAGAAUCACAGCCAGUUCCCCAGGCACAGAUCGCCCCACAGUACAGGGACUGAGGAAAUUGGGUGUCAAUUUCACCACCAGCAACAAAGAGACAGUGAGCAAAAGUGAUGUUCUCUUCCUGACCGUGAAGCCCCACAUCAUCCCUUUUGUACUGGAUGAGAUUGGACCAGACAUCGAAGAUCGUCACCUCAUUGUGUCCUGUGCUGCAGGAGUCACCAUCAGCUCUAUAGAGAAGAAGCUGCAGCAGUAUCGUGCUGAUCCAAAGGUAAUGCGGUGCAUGACCAACACUCCAGUUGUGGUGCGUGAGGGGGCUACUGUGUACGCCACAGGCACCUAUGCAGAAGUGGAGGAUGGAAAGCUUCUGGAGGAGCUGAUGGCCAGUGUAGGAUACUGCACUGAGGUGGAAGAGGACCUGAUUGAUGCUGUCACCGGCCUCAGCGGCAGUGGUCCUGCUUACGCGUUUACAGCUAUAGAUGCUCUUGCUGAUGGUGGAGUGAAAAUGGGCCUUCCCAGGAGAUUGGCUAUACGCCUCGGAGCCCAAGCCCUGCUGGGGGCUGCUAAAAUGCUGUUAGACUCAGACCAACACCCUGGGCAGCUCAAAGACAAUGUGUGUUCACCAGGGGGCGCCACCAUCCACGCCCUGCAUGUCAUGGAGAGUGGUGGCUUCCGCAGUCUCCUCAUCAAUGCUGUAGAGGCCUCCUGUGUUAGGACUAGGGAACUUCAGUUUUUGGCCGACCAAGAGAAAAUCUCCCCAGCUGCCAUAAAGAAGACAACUCUGGACAAAGUGUUGCAGCAGCCAGGAGUGACUGCAGAGGGUGUUGGAGUCAGAUCUCAUGGGAUCAGUAUGUUCAACAGAAGUGACCCUAGGACCAAGAAGAAGUAAUAAUUUUAAUGUGUGUAACAAUAAAUAUUCCAUAUAUGCUGUGAAUAAACCACUACUGGCAGAUGAAUGUUGGAACAUACACUAACCUAGUGGAUUGCUUUCUAGAUUAAAAAUUAGAUUAAAACAAUGUUGGGAUUAUGCUGUAAAAAACGUUUGAGCCAUAUUUCUUUUUGUAAUGAAGUGCCUUUUCUUUUGUCAGCCUAGACUAAAAUAAUUGAAUAUUUGUGGUAUGGCUUAUCUUAUUUCAGUCAGUCCUUUCUGGUGGUAGUUGGCAAAGUUAGGUUUACUAAAUAGCAAUGCAAUUGAGUGGAAUGGACACUCAAUUGCCACUUACGUGCAACCUGUAUUUAAUGCAAGCUCAAAUUAAUGUUAAAAUGUCUUAAACAUAAUGUGCUAAAUGCUAUAUGUUUGUGGAUGCGAUUUAUUUGUGUGAAAGUAGAUUGUUGAAAACUGUUUUUGCCUGCCGUUUUUAAAUCACUGUACAGCACUUGCAUUUUGUUAUAUUUUAAAGGUGCUAUAUAAAUAAAGCUUGAUUGAUUGAGUAAA